UCCCUUUUCACAGAAACCCUACCAAAACCCUGGCGACUUUCUCUGUGGUGCCUCCAUUUCUAUGGCAAUAGAUAUUUCUGCUUGAAAUUUCUUGUUCAUCAAGCCAAUCUCUUCCUCAUAAAUCUUAUUUUACAGCAUUUUUUAAAAAAACCCCUUGAAUCUGGAAGAAUCCUAGUUUGGUCUUCCUUUAUUUCUCAGUCCCUUGGAGAUUCCUCCCGAAAAAAAAACAUGGCUCAGAAAUGUGCGAUUAGUUUGAUCUCAGCCGUAGCAGCUUCCGCUUCUCUGUCGAAGACGAAUUUCGUUGCUGCAGAUGGACCUUUCACCUUCCCUGGCUUCUCAACUUCUUCGCCUGCUUCGAGUCCUCAGCAGCAAGGCUCUCCUCCGCCGGCGCCGGGAUCUCAGAAAGACGGCGAAGAAUCUGAUGCUCCUCCACGGAUUCGGAACGAUAAUCCGAGAACUUCUUCAGCUGGGUUCGACCCGGAGGCGUUGGAGCGAGGGGCAAAGGCCUUGAAGGGGAUAAACAACUCCGCUCAUGCCAAAAAGGUAUUUGAAAGUAUAAAGACACAAGAAGAGACGAGGCAAGCUGAGUUUACUGCGAAGGCGCAUGAGUUUAAAGCUAUGCAAUCCCAAGCCGAAGCUGCUGAGAAUGAGGCCCAGAGAACAAGAAAUCAAGAACUUGUCAAAAUGCAAGAAGAGUCAGAAAUUAGGCGGGAAGUGGCUCGACGAGCUACCGAGGAAGAGAUUCAAGCUCAGAGACGACAAACGGAGAGGGAGAAAGCUGAGAUUGAGCGCGAGACAAUCAGGGUCAAAGCUAUGGCAGAAGCUGAAGGGAGGGCGCGCGAAUCGAAGCUCUCUGAAGAUGUUAACAGGAGGAUGCUUGUUGAUCGCGCGAAUGCAGAAAGAGAGAAAUGGGUUUCAGCCAUAAACACUACAUUCGAUCACAUUGGAGGGGGCUUGCGUAUGAUUCUAACGGAUCAAAAUAAGCUGGUUGUUGCUGUUGGAGGUGUCACUGCUCUUGCAGCUGGGAUCUACACAACAAGAGAAGGUGCAAAGGUUAUCUGGAGCUACGUGGAUAGAAUAUUAGGGCAACCUUCUCUAAUUAGAGAAUCGUCGAGAGGAAAGUACCCUUGGUCUGGUUCGAUUUCUCGUGCCUUGUCCACGUUGCGUGGUGGUGGUAAGGAGUCUGCAUCAACAAACGGGAAAGGGUUUGGUGAUGUUAUUUUGCAUCCUUCUCUUCAAAAGAGAAUCGAACAGCUAGCUAGUGCAACUGCCAACACGAAAUCACACCAAGCACCUUUCCGAAAUAUGCUUUUCUACGGUCCACCAGGAACAGGGAAGACAAUGGCUGCUCGAGAGCUGGCUCGCAAAUCUGGUCUGGAUUAUGCGUUGAUGACUGGUGGAGACGUUGCUCCACUUGGAGCUCAGGCUGUUACAAAGAUACACCAACUGUUUGACUGGUCCAAAAAAUCAAAGAGAGGCUUGUUGCUCUUCAUUGAUGAAGCCGAUGCAUUUCUGUGCGAGAGGAACAAAACAUACAUGAGUGAAGCCCAAAGGAGUGCCCUAAAUGCACUCCUCUUCCGCACGGGUGACCAGUCCAAGGACAUAGUCCUAGCGCUUGCCACAAACCGACCUGGUGAUCUAGACUCGGCAGUGUCUGACCGUGUCGAUGAGACUCUUGAGUUCCCCUUACCUGGAGAAGAAGAGCGCUUCAAGCUUCUGAACCUCUACCUAGAAAAGUACAUUUCUAAGACGAACCUAAAAAAGCCGGGUUUGCUCCAAAGCCUUUUCAAGAAAGACCAGCAGAAGAUUGAGGUUAAAGGCAUCACCGAGGAGCUCCUGAAGGAAGCAGCAGCCAAAACGAUAGGGUUUUCAGGUAGAGAAAUCGCGAAGUUGAUGGCGAGCGUUCAAGCUGCAGUGUAUGGAAGCGCGGACUGCUUGUUGGACGCAAACCUUUUCAGAGAGGUCAUUGAUUACAAAGUCGCGGAACACCAACAGAGAAAAAAACUAGCUGGAGCCGAUACAGGUAACAAGAAAUGAAAUCAUGUAAAUGAUCAUCAACAUAGUUAUCUGCAGGUGUAGAUUUGAACAACAGUAAAAACUCAGAACCCUGAGAGCAUUAUUCUCAAAAGGGUCUAGGCAAGAAAAAAAAAAUAGCUUUGGUUUUCCAACAAAUUGUUUCUCCCUGUGAUUUCAAGAUGAGAGUUUGAUGAUUGCUUUAGAUUCUUUCUACUUGGCCAUUACAAUGUUGAGUUGAUCUUCAUAAUCACUCUUUGGAAAACGAGGCAAUACCGGUUUCUUUAUGCGACAUUUCCCAGUUCUGACCAUCAUACCUUUUGAUCUCGACGUGGUUCAGUGUACCGGACUUGACACACUUAACCGUCACUGCGACUCCAUCGGGGUUAGACCUCGGGAUAUAAAAGGAGGUGAUCCCGCAGAUCUUGCAGAAGGUAUGCUUGGCCGUGUGAGUCCCGAAAGUGUAAGUGGUGAUGAAAUCUUUGGAAUCAUCAAGAAGCUCAAAGUUACUUGAUGGAACAAUGAAAUGAACAUUGCCUCUCAUUGAACAAUCUGUGCAGUUGCAGCUCCAAGCCACCACUCUUCUUGAUGCUUUAACCCUCCAUUUAAUCUUGCCACAGUGGCAACCACCUUCAUGAAUUAUCAAUUCUGAUUCCAUGGCUUUACUUACUGGACCUAAAUUUGUAAACAGACUGUGUUCGCAAUCGAUGAAGCUUUUCGGUGUGACUGUGUUGUAAUUAGUAUACGCUGACUUCAAAAUUGUGUCUACG